UUCGAGCUACCGGUAUAUAAGUAUCUACCUCAGGAUAAAUUAUGAAGUAGUAGCGUAAUUCUUAGCACAAACUUGCUAUCUGUUAUCAUACAAUGCAAACUGUGAAAAGUGUGGAAAUAAAGAACUUUUAAAAUUCAUCCAAUCAAAAGAUACCAAUUACAGCAUAAAGUCUUAUGACAUUCGUUAUAGUACAAUAAUGACUAUUACAAAAAUUUUUAAAUAUCAGCGCGCACAAGCAUCAUCCUUGUUCCGAAAUCAUCAUCGUGACCUAUAAAUACGUGUCUCCUGCAAAUUAUUUCUAAGCGUUACAUAAUUGAGUUUGUUCUUUUCAUAAUAUCAAGCUUUCGGAUUACAUGAAAAUUUGCUAAUACAGCAUAAAGAAUCUUCGCAGUGUCGUCGUGAAGGAGCCAUACUCGUAAGAGCAACUGACGCAUUGUAUACCGAGGAGGCAGAGAACAAUUUCGGUAUAGUCAGUUCGCUAUCUGAAUUCCAGGGUCAGUGAUAUCAAUCAGCGAUACGGAAAGUGAUAUCUCAUGACUCUCAUGAGAGACAGAAGAAACAGUACACCGAUUGUCGUGCAACGACAGCAGAACAAAGGAUUUCUUGGAGCUGCUUAUUGCAGAGGAGGAAAGUAUUGCCAAACCAUGUCUCACGAUUGUUCAGUCCGAUCUAUACUGGUAUUCUCAAUGUUCGCGUGCGGAGUUCUUUCUGCCUCGACCGAGGAUCAGAGUGAGAUGAGAAUAUAUACUGACAGAAAAAAUGAGAUGGAUGCAGUAAACUUUGAAGUAUCCGAUGUAGCGAAUUUUGCUAAGAUUAUUAAGAAUACCAUAUAUUCAAAAACAGAUGACACAUCCAAAGUAUUUUCAAAGUUCCUCUAUGAACACUUAGCGAGAAGUAGACAGAAAAGGAUGCCACCGGAGACAUAUCAAUCAUCGUCGGAAGUAUCGGAUAUGAUCACUUCGCUUGUACAUCCAUCCGAUGACGAUGAUGAAAUUGAAUCUCCAACGUUUCAAUCGAAGGAUUUAGUUCCACCAAUCUUAAACAAUACGUGUAAUGAAACCAACUCAAAUAACACAAGUUUAUCACCGACAUCUCUUGAACGAUCGUCUUCUCCUAAAAACGUCAGUAACACCGCGUCUAAGACCAAUCUUCCUAAGGAAAUGGAGACAAGAUUAAUACUAACGGAAAGGAACAAUUCUUUCACAAAUUCAUCGAAGCUUGAUGAAGAAACUUCGACUGCAAUUGCGAUGACUACAAAUGAAAUAGUAAAUUCUGCUACUACCAUAAAAGACAUAUCCAAUACGCAAGGUACGAGCAAUAAUCAUAAUGACCUGGGAAAUGUAAGCGGAUCAACAGAACAAUUAAACACAGAGUCACCUUAUAUUUCUAGUACCACAACAGCUUUAACAGAAUCGUCAGAAAUCAUACAGGUAAUACCAAUAAAUUCGUCGACAACUGAAACGACGCAAAAUGAAAAUACAGACACAUCAAAAAAAUCAAUUACUAAAGCAGAAAUCAAGAAGGAAAAUGAGGCUAAAGAAGCAGGAAUGUCUUCUGGCAUUAUAGUUUUAGUUACGGGUAUUACAUUUUCUAUAGCAGUAGUAAUGGCAUACGUUGGCCUUAUAGUAUGGAGAAGGUAUCUAGAUUAUCGUUACGGAAACCGGGAAUUACUUGUAAAUGAUUUGGAAUUUGAUACCAACGAUUUACAUCAUUUUGAGCUCUAAACGUUUAAAUGAAUGAAUUGUUGAAUGCUGUUAUAUAGCAUUGAAAUGAUUAAAUAGCAUAGGAAAUGAUUCCUGAUUUAAGCAUUGCAACGCAAGAUUACAUGUUGUCGAUAACGUAUAGUUUUCGAAUGACUUUGAAGUUAUUGUAGUACACUGCUUCUUUUGACAAUAUUUCAAAGGAGCAAUAUGAAUGUGAAGAAUAUAUGAUACGUAGACAACAUUUAAGUAUUAUAAAAAUAAUAAUAGGCAUCACCCAACUGUGAUAUAAUAAAAAAUAUCUAUUUUCGUUUUUGAAGCCAAAUCAAUCAAAAGUGAAGACGUAUCAUUUUGUUAUAAGUCUUACAAGUGGAACAUAUGCUUUACACCUGACUGCUUAUAUCACCGAGUGUUAGUAUUGUGUACAUUAUUGACAAUUAUUAUUUGAAGUAGAAACAGAAAAUGUAAUGCAUAGACAUUUAGUAAAAUUUUACAUGCUCAAGAAGUAUUUUCUUCUUUUUAAUGAAAACCUAUGUAAAUACUUAAACUAAUAAAAGAAACUAGAUUACUUCUUUUUAA